AUGUCUUCAUUUGCCCAUCAACGACAAGUUUUCCUUCGUCAAUUAAGUCAAGCCUGUCCAGAUAGCAUGUCACUAUUAAAAACUUAUGUAUCUGACUGUUUACAUUUAAUUUCUCCAUCUUACAAAAAGACUCGAGAUCCAUUAGCAAUGAAAGAACUUUCGUCUAAAUGUCCGUCUUGUUCGCAUAUUUACUCUACGAAUUGUUUCCAGUACCGUGGAAAACUUCAUAUUAAUCGACGUUUACAUCAUCUUCUCGCGAUUCGUCGUAAAUAUCAGCGAAUGCCAGCACCUAAUACAUACAAACGUCGCUUAUUAGAUAAUUUUACAACUAAAUCUCGUUCAAAAUUACUCAUUAAAUGUUUUCAAUGUGGUGAAAUAAGAAAGUUUCAAGGUGCAACAAGAAAAGAUUUAUCAAAUAAAAUAGUUAAAAAAGUCGAACCUGUAAAAUCUAAACCUUUCACGAAUAAUAAUGCUAAAUUAAAAGAAACAUUUGACAAAGUAUCUUGUCGUUUUUUAAAAAAAGAAAGUCAACUUCGAUCAUUUCUUGAACAACUUUAA